ACACUUACAUGUUUAAGGUGACGUUUCCCGAAGGCCUCUAUAAUCACACCAACUAUCGACUCAAAGUGUUCGUGAAAAAUGAUGAAGGAAGGAAUGAUACUUCAUGGGACACCUCAUCGCUGAAUAUCACAACACCUCCAGUUGCACCUGGCAACGUUACCAUCAAAAGUCCUAAAAGCGCACACAGUUCCAUCGAAAUAGCUUGGGAUCCUCCACCAUCUUGGCCUCCAACGGGAGAUAUAGAAGAAUAUCGCAUCGACGUGUAUGAGGAGGACCAGGGGAAUGCGUCUAUUAAUGGAUUUCCAAUUUUUACUGACAAAGAAUCCUACUUUAUCCAUAAAUUGAAGCCAGACGUAUCUUACACAAUCAAGGUAUUCGCAAAAAACGUGGAUGUAAAUGAAACUGGAGUUCCUGCAGUAGAAAUAAUCAAAACUGUGUCGAAUAAACCAUCACACCCCACAAAUAUUCAAGAGAACAGUAGUCUUACAGAGGUAUUCAUAACAUGGGAUGAUCACAAAGAGGACGAAGACUUCAACUUGAUUUAUAAACUAACAUUUCAAAACACACCACACCACAUACAUAGUCAGGAGUACCAUUUUACAGGACUGCAACCGGAACAGUCAUAUCCACUGACAAUUACAUCCUGUAACGAGUGGAAAUGCAGCGACAACCUUACUGUAACAAUAUCGACAAAGCCUCGCCAGCCAGAGAUUGAAGGCCAAGUUGAAGUACUUGAAUAUUCGGGAAAUGUUUCCAAGAUGCGGCUUCCCCAAGUAAAGAACCCUCCGGCAGUGCAGUACGUUGUGGUGGUGGAAACUGCUGAGAACCUCGACGACGCCCGGAUAAAGGAGCUGUCUGUCAAGAAGGUGAAAGACUACAUAGAAGAACAGAGGGACUCCUCCUCCCACAGAGUGCACAAACGAAGUACGACUCCGUCAUCCCAGGCAGGCGAACCUAAAGCAUGGGUUUCAGGAAUUUAUCAGAUCACGAAUACAACCGUGAAGGACGUAGAGGUCGGGACAGGAGUGGGAGAAGAUCAAGCACUGGAAGACGACAAGGACUACCAAAUCGUAGCUGUUACUGAGAAGAAAUCAGGAAAUCACCGCGAAUUUGCUGUAUCAGAUCCAGUGAAUGCCAAGGGAGUGGCUGUCGCAUCAGGACUUUCUGGGAUUUUGUUUGGAGUUCUCAUUUUCUUGGUGCUCAUUGGACUGUUCGUCUGGACUUACAAGAAAAAGCAGUCCAAAGUUGUUGUGCGGACAUCGAACCAAGACAAAGAUUGCUUCCUACCUGUAAAAAGUGAUACUCUUCAAAAGAAACCUUCUUUGAGGAAAAAACUAGACGUCAUUCCGAAUCUUUUCAUAGAAGAGGCUCCCCAGACUCCCCUGGUUCCCCAGCCUCCGCAGGCUAAUCCUAGCAUAUUUGAGGAGGAUACUUAUACCAACUUAAGCAGAAGAGUACCUUUUGUCAACAUCGAGGCCUACCUGCUAAAAGCCAUCCACUCUAAUGAGACAGAUCUGGAAUUCAAUAGCGUUCCCAAGGUCUUAGAAAAAAGCUGCUCUCACAGCGAGCAUCCUGAAAACCGCCUGAAAAAUCGAUACAAGAACAAUCUUCCAUAUAAUGACACAAGAAUAAGGCUGCCACGUUUGCCCCAGAUGCCCUUUUCUGAUUACAUCAAUGCAAACUACAUUGAGGGCCACCUUCACCCGAAUGCAUAUAUAGCUACGCAGGGACCUAAGGACUUCAACAAAGAUACGACUCACGACUUUUGGAGAAUGAUCUGGCAUACCAAAUCUCAGCUGGUCGUCAUGAUAGCAAACCUCGUCGAAAAUGGAAAGGUGAAAGUCGCCCAGUAUUGGCCUUCGGAAGGAUCUAUAACAAAAGGAGGAAUAGACAUCACUCUUGUAUCUACUGAAUUUAAGAUGGAUUUCAUCGUCCGUACCUUUACUGCAACUGAUCAAACUGAAGUCAGAAAGAUUCAGCAGUAUCAGUACACAACAUGGCCAGAUCAUGAUGUCCCCGAGAAUCCCUAUGGGGUGGCCCAGAUGAUCAAUUCUAUUCGAAGGGAACCUCUUACAGGACCAGUUGUUGUACACUGCAGCGCUGGCAUUGGAAGAACCGGGACCAUCCUAUUCGUACUGGGGGUUUUGGACCAGAUCAACAAAUCAGGGUAUAUGGACGCUAAUGAAGUUCUUGUCAAGCUGCGAAAUGGAAGACCCAGACUUAUCGAGAGUACUACACAAUACAAGUUUGCUCACGCUGUCUUACGAGAGAUCCUCUGUGGGCAAUGUUCUCGAUUCUCAUGCCAUGAGUUUCCUGAGGCCCUCCUCGAUUUACGAACACCUCAGAAUCAGACUAAUAUAUCCAUCCUUCAGCAACAGUUUCACGAAAUAAAACAGUUGCCAAAAGACUUCACAUUCAAAUUUGCCCAGCGCCCAGAAGUGUCUCAUCUAAACCGUGAUCCAAAGAUUCUACCUCCUGAUUCCAGAAUGAUAUUCCUGCAAUACACAAGUGGUCGUGAGGAAUCUCAGUACAUAAAUGCUGCUUCAGUCAAAAGUUUGGAAGCUCAGGAGCAGUAUGACCUGGUGCAUGAAGGGGUCCUUCUCUACUUAUCUGCCUACAGCAACUACGGUAAUUUCAACUAAGCAGGGAAACCUGAGUCGUCCUUCACCUCUGUGUCAUUUUGUAGUCUUCGAAUGCAUGAUUGUUCUGUUAUAGUUUUCUGAUCUGCUUUGCGAUGUAUUCAUUCAUUAAUAUUCCCAUGUCUUCAUGUAAACUGAAUCUUGUGCAUGAUUAGCAUCUGGUGGUCUUCAUCCCAUGUCUUAAGAUAAAUUGAGUCUUGUUGUGCAUGAACGUUUGGUACUAUUAGUCCCAUGUCUUCAGAUAAACUAAAUCUUGUGCAUGAACAUUUGGUACUAUUAGUCCCAUGUCUUCAGAUAAACUGAAUCUUGUUGUGCAUGAAUAUUUGGUACUAUGUAUUAGUCCCAUGUCUUCAGAUAAACUGACUCUUGUUGUGCAUGAACAUUUGGUACUAUUAGUCCCAUGUCUUCAGAUAAACUAAACCUUGUGCAUGAACAUUUGGUACUAUUAGUCCCAUGUCUUCAGGUAAACUGAAUCUUGUUACGUAUGAACUUUUGGUGUUAUUAGUCCCAUGUCUUCACAUAAACUAAAUCUUGUGCAUGAACGCUUGGUGCUAUUAGUCUCAUCUUUACAGAUAAACUGAAUAUUUCUGUGCUGCUUGAACGUUUGGUGCUAUUAGUCCUGUGUCUUAAGAUAAACUGAAUCUUGUGCAUGAAGAUUUGGUGAUAUUAGUCCCAUGUCUUCAGACAAAGUCUUUAUGUGCAUAAAAUUUGGUGAAACUACGAGAAUUAUUUAACGUUUUAUCAUAUUUUGAGUUCCAUCACCUAGUAAUGUUGCUAUUGUCAUCUAUAUCAUCGUCAUUAUAAUUAUUUUAUCUCCCACAAAAAGCCUGUUAUAAUUUUUAUUGUAGGUUUACUAACAAUGGGUUCAGACUCGAGGAAUAAAUUAACAUUAUCUCUAUCUUCCCACAAGUGCGCAGUUGAUAUAAGCAAAACACCCAGACUUAAAGAAUCAGGGAUUGUUGACCUUACCUCAGAAAUGUAAGAAACUGAACCUUUCAAAACACCAGUAGUUCAUCAAACCUGGUCCAUAAACAUCUGGAGAAAUAAUACACAGUAAGAAAUGGGAAUAUGAGUCAGAGAGCAUUAUUGGCAGUUGCCUUGAACUUAUUGGCAGAGCAAUUCUGAAUAGCAUCCAAGAUUCAAUACUUACCGUUAUGAAAUAGUAGGUUUUCAGGAAGGGGUUAUGGGGAAAGUUUUUUGUCCCUUAAUUCUAUAAAUUACAGUUAAAAUUAGCUACGAAAUAUUGUGAUUCCUCAACGACAGAGCUCAAGUUGAGUAACCUGCAGUCUUCAGACGCGAUCUGGUGGCACCAAGAGUUUGUGAACUGUAAGAAAUAACUGGCAGGGCCUAGUGCACAGAAGCAAUAAGAAAUUUCCUUUCCAGAAAGGACGGCUGAGGGAACGGUGAAUUGUUACAACUUGACUAUGUCAUGUUAUCAUCUCAAAGCAUUGACUUGCGACAGUGGCUUGAGAACAAUUAAGAAAUUAAUUUUCUGGUUUCUUAGAGGACAUACUGUAAGUCUCUUAUUCAGAUGAAUCUUGAGAUGCAGUAACAUUGGUGGUUACUUUCACCAAUUAUUUUCUAUCUUUCCCUAUUUUUUUAUUACAGUUCAAUUUAAAGUGCAAUUGUUUCUUUUCAUGCAGUUUUUUUCCCUGAAUUACUGGAAUUUUAGUGUAUAGCCAGUUUGGGGAUAGCAAUUAUUUUUUCAAAUAUAUUUUUAAAUUUAGUCAUAUUUCUAUGAAACUUGCUUGUUACGUACCUAAGGAGAUGUUGCUUAUUUACCCCAUAUCCUGUUUUUUAGUCGACUCUUUUCAGUUUUCUGUAAAAGAAAACUACUGAGGUGGCUUUCUGUCUGUCCAUCCCCACUUUUUCUGUCUCUCCUCAGAUCUUAACAAUUACUGAGGCUAGAUGGCUGCAAAUUGGCAUGUUGAGCCUCCACUCUCCUAUCAUGAAACAUACCAAAUUGCAGCCCUCGAUCCUCGGUAGUUUUUGUUUCAUUAGUUAAGGUUAAGGUGCCAACAACACAGGCCACCACCGGGCUGUGGCUGAAAAUUUUAUGGGUAGUGGCUGAGAGUUUCAUACAGCAUUAUACGCUGUACAGAAAACUUGAUUGCGCUGAAGAAACUUCAGUGCUUUUUCUUCUUGUAUAUGUUACAUAUCAAUUUUAUUUUUAGAGAAGAUGCAAUUGAAUUACUAUUAUCAUUAUUAUUAGUAGUAGUAGUAUUAAACUACCUAUACCUUUAGCAACAUACUUCCAAUAUGAGUUCACUUUGGAAUUAUCAAGUAAGACUUUCCAGUAACUGUUACCUGUAGGCUUUGUGACGUAUUGUUCUUAAAUCUCGAAGUUUCCCGAUUGAAGGAACCUGAAAGUGUAGAAACUUGGAUUUCAUUUCCAUAAAUGAAAAGUAAAUGCUUAAGAGAAUGUCACUGAAAUGAGUAAACAGAAUAUGGAAGAUUAGGCUUACCAGUGGAAAUCAGAGAAUUAUUUUGGUCGGAUUUUUCAUAUAUUCUCUUGCUUUAAGGGAUUGUUUUUUGUAUACUCUGCUUCUGUACAUUAGCUCCCAAUGAUCUUUACAAUAAAUGUUCUAAAUAUUUUAGUUGGCUAAUUUCUUCUCAUUGACUUGUAAUACAUUUUGUGAAACACAAAACAAUUUCCCCUACAGAAUGCUAACAGUAUAUGCACUCUAUAAUCUUUUCAAAUCCGUGUGAAUUCUUCUUAAAAUAAGGAGUAUUAAUGAAAAAUGGCAUCUGCUACAUUCACAAAUUUAACCAUGACUAGAAUGACCCUGAUAGCCAGUUGGUGUUUAUGUAGUGUGCAACCUUUUUUUUAAGUAUUAACUCAGACAUUUUCUGAAAAAUGUAUUCAGAGCACUAGCUAAGCUGAACGACUGUUUUUGCAACAGUUUUUGUAUGGCACCGAAUCAAAACAUUCUUAGUUGCGUUAAAACUUCCAAGUUUGCAAGCGAAAUGCAUAUGUAUUUGAAAGACAGAAACUCAAAUCAACUUUCUCUUAUUUUACCAAUGGUAUGCUUCUCCAUGAAGUGAUAAUCUCUAUCUUGUACGGAUAUUGUUCAAAGGCAAGAAUUUUUGUUGAGUUAAUAAUUAAUGCAUAAUCACAUUACAGAGCUUUAUCAUAUCAACUAAUACUACAGUUAACCAUA